UCGAAGUCAGCAUUGAGCCAUUUUUUUUAGCCAUUUUCAUAAUUUACUCGGAUGAGAAAAGACGUAAUUUACCCAAUCGGGCAACAAUUGUGUAGACAAAGCAAACGGAUUUAAACAAAAACACACCCGGCAUAUUUCGUGAUUUACGCGGUGCUUGCCUUUCUCGAUCAUAGUGAGCUUGGUGCAGUAGAAUCACUUGAAGAUAAAUUACCAGUUCGUUUUCCAGUAUGGCCACGUCAUUUACAAGUUUUUCCUUCGAACGGCUAUCGCAGCAGAUGGGUGCAAAAUUGGAUCCUCGAAUGCGCCAGCACCUGUCGAAGGUUUACGGAUGCUUGGCCGCAACCUGCGCCGCGGCGACAGUCGGAUCGUUCAUUCACCUGUCCGGCAUCUGGCAGGCGGGCCUCCUGAGCGGCCUCAUCUCGCUGGGGCUCGUCCUCGGGCUCAUCUUCACACCGGACAAUGGCAAGAACCUGACGCAACGGUUCGGCAUGCUAAUGGGUGUCGGAGUCUUCACCGGCCACUCGCUGGGACUAUUGCUGCAGCACGUUAUCUUUCUUAAUCCGGCCAUUGUCGUUACGGCACUCGUCGGAACGGCCACAAUCUUUUCCUGCCUCACGGCGGCCGCCUUCUUCGCUAAGCGCGGCAGCUACCUUUUCCUUGGCGGAAUGCUGAUGAGCGCCCUCAGCACGAUGGCCCUGAUGAGCCUAGGAAACCUCUUCUUCCGUUCCUACUUCGUGCAAGACAUUACCCUUUACCUCGGACUCUUCGUCAUGUCCGGAUUCGUGCUGUUCGACACGCAGAUGAUUAUGGAGAAGCAUCACAUGGGAAGCAACGACUUUAUCGGCCAUUCGCUGGACCUGUUCUACGACGUGAUCAACAUUUUCCGCCGCUUGUUAAUCAUCUUGGCUCAGAAGGAGGAAAACAAUGAUCGCAGAAAGCGAAGGAACUAAACAUCAUCGUUCGGCACCGUUUGAUCUACUUUCUUUCCGAACAUACAAUACCAAUUGUGUUAGUCGAAUCGAUAAAUGUUAACUUUCAGUUCGCAAAUCUUUGCCAAAUUUCCUGAUUGAUAACUGUUUAUUAAGUUACUUUCAUUACGACUGAAUAAUACAAGAACGCGCCAAGAGACACAGGUUUUGGUUUACUCCCUUCUCCGGCAACUUUGCUGAUAUUCUAUUAUUUGGUGGUUUUAAUGGGCGAUGGUUUAGCGUUCUUUUGGCAUAAAUCAGCUCUUGGAAUUGUGCCAGCUGAUUUGCUGUUGGUACACGCAACGAACAGGAUAAAAUCUUAUGACAGGAUGAUAGUAACCUAUUCAUCUCCCGAUAAUGUAUCCCACAUAUACACGUUUAAUCAUUACAACCCAUUGAGUACAUUACGGUGAAGGAAAUCGUACACAUUGGCUUUCCACCUCUCUCGGUACAAUUUUCACCGGCACCGACAAACUUGUGGUGUAGUCAACUUCACUGGCGCCAAUGUGUGUGUUUUUAUCAUUUCGUUUGUUUUGCGAUCUGAUAACUAAACCCCCCGAAGAAAUCAAGAAACGAAGAAAAGUUGCCCAGACGAGUCUACACCUUUGUCAGUUUUGGACAUAUUAACCUCUUUCUGCGUGGCAAUGGUGGCAAAGAGUAGCGACUCAUUCAGAUCCUAGCUGUAAGUGCAUGUUGUUCGAUGGAAACCGUCAAAGGGUUAAUAAAAUAAUGUAUUC